CUACAACAACAACAACAACAACAGCAACAACAACACACAGCUUGCAAUAGCAAUGCAAUAGCAAACAACGAAAUCCAAACGAAUCACUCGAACUCGUCGCCGCCAACACCGGAAAAGCGCAACGAAUUGGAAAAUGGCAAACGGUCACAAAUACACAUUAAGGAGCCGCAAGAACAAAUGCAACAGCAUGCAGCUGCAACACCCAUGGUGCCAGGUGGCAGCAACAGCGUCAACAAUACACCCAAUCGACAGCAUUACGCAAAGAGGCAGAGCAUUUCGGGGCGCGGCACAGAUAGCGCUAAAAAUUCGCCAAUUCUUGUUGGGCGCAACUCAGUGGUGGGCGGCGGUGGAGGUGGUGCGGGCGUAAUUGCGGAAGGUGGCAGUGGCGGCGGCGGCAGCAGCGGUAAGGCACGUGAGCUCUCGCCCACACCGAAGAAUCAGGGACAGCGUAAAAUGUCGCAGGAUUUUCGAGCGCGUGCCGGCAGUUUUAUACACGUGGACGAGGAGGGGCGCAGCAUACUUAUACGCAAGCCGGUACGACUGAAGAAUAUCGAGGGCAGGCCAGAGGUUUAUGAUACGUUGCAUUGCAAGGCUAAAGAGUCAUUAUCCUGUUCGAAGGCGACAUGCAUGAGCAGCGUUAUGGCGCUUGGGACGGCGCCAGUAGAAGCGCGCAAACCCGAUGUGGUAUUGGAACAUGCCAAGGAUUUUUUGGACCAAUAUUUCACAUCGAUAAAGAGGGCUUCAAGUGUGGCUCAUGAAACGCGCUGGAAACAGGUGCGCCAGAGUAUCGAAUCCAACGGUUCUUAUCAACUUACCGAAACAGAAUUGAUUUAUGGCGCGAAAUUGGCCUGGCGCAACUCGUCGCGAUGCAUUGGCCGCAUACAAUGGUCUAAAUUGCAGGUAUUCGAUUGCCGUUAUGUCACCACAACGAGCGGUAUGUUCGAAGCCAUUUGCAAUCACAUUAAAUAUGCAACUAACAAAGGAAAUCUCAGAUCGGCAAUUACGAUAUUUCCGCAGCGCACAGAUGGACGCCACGAUUAUCGCAUUUGGAAUAGUCAACUCAUCUCCUAUGCUGGAUAUAAGCAGCCGGAUGGUAAAAUUAUUGGGGAUCCUAUGAAUGCUGAGUUUACUGAGGUUUGCCUCAAAUUGGGCUGGAAGGGCAAGGGCACGGAGUGGGAUAUAUUGCCGCUGGUUGUGUCAGCGAAUGGUCAUGAUCCGGACUAUUUUGAUUAUCCACCGGAAUUAAUAUUGGAAGUACCCUUAAGUCAUCCAAAAUUCGAGUGGUUUGUUGAUUUGGGCCUCCGCUGGUAUGCCGUGCCCGCAGUCUCAUCGAUGCUCUUCGACGUUGGUGGCCUCCAGUUCACAGCGACUACAUUCAGCGGUUGGUAUAUGUCAACGGAAAUUGGUUGUCGGAAUUUGUGUGACACAAAUCGACGCAAUAUGUUAGAGACAAUUGCGUUGAAGAUGAAUCUGGAUACACGCACACCCACCUCAUUGUGGAAGGAUAAGGCUGUGGUUGAGGCAAAUAUAGCAGUGUUGCAUUCAUAUCAGAGCCAUAACAUUACAAUUGUGGAUCAUCAUACGGCCAGUGAGAGUUUUAUGAAACACUUUGAGAAUGAAUCAAAAUUACGCAAUGGCUGUCCAGCCGAUUGGAUAUGGAUUGUGCCGCCGAUGUCUGGCUCGAUAACGCCUGUUUUCCAUCAGGAAAUGGCUUUGUAUUAUUUGAAGCCAUCGUUUGAGUAUCAAGAUCCGGCUUGGCGUACGCAUGUGUGGAAGAAGGGGCGUGGCGAGGGCAAGAGCAAGAAACCAAGACGUAAAUUCAAUUUCAAACAAAUUGCCAGGGCUGUGAAAUUUACAUCGAAAUUAUUUGGACGCGCAUUGUCAAAACGCAUCAAGGCAACUGUUUUAUAUGCAACCGAAACGGGCAAAUCCGAACAGUAUGCAAAGCAGUUGUGCGAGCUAUUGGGACAUGCAUUCAAUGCACAGAUCUACUGCAUGUCAGACUACGACAUAUCAUCAAUUGAGCACGAGGCUUUACUAAUUGUGGUAGCAUCAACAUUCGGAAAUGGCGAUCCACCAGAGAAUGGAGAGCUUUUCUCGCAAGAACUCUACGCAAUGCGUGUGCAGGAGACCAGUGGUGAUGGUCAGGAUUCCAGUAUCGGUGUCAGCUCAUCAAAAUCGUUCAUGAAGGCGAGCUCUCGCCAGGAUUUAAUUAAGUUGCCAUUGCAGCAAGUGAAGAAAAUCGACCGCUGGGAUUCGUUGCGUGGCUCUACGUCAGAUACUUUUACAGAGGAGAAUUUCGGACCAUUGUCGAAUGUGAGAUUCGCUGUGUUUGCUUUGGGCUCCUCUGCCUAUCCCAACUUUUGCGCCUUUGGCCAAUAUGUCGACAACAUACUCGGCGAGUUAGGCGGUGAGCGUCUGUUGAAGCUGGCUUACGGCGAUGAAAUGUGCGCACAAGAACAGUCUUUCCGUAAAUGGGCACCGGAGGUGUUUAAGCUGGCUUGUGAAACUUUCUGUCUGGAUCCGGAGGAGAGUCUAUCGGAUGCCUCGCUAGCUUUACAAAAUGACUCGCUCACUGUGAAUACAGUUCGUUUGGUACCUUCAAAGACGCGUGGCACGCUCGAAGAGUUGUUGUCCAAGUUCCACAACAAGAAAGUCUAUUGCUGUCAAAUCAAAGAGACACCGUUUAAUCUCACGAACAUUGGUAAUGGCGAGAAGACCACCAUACUUUUGAAGAUCAACGCACCCGGCUUGGAGUAUGAGCCCGGCGACCAUGUUGGCAUAUUUCCAGCUAAUCGUGCAGAAAUUGUUGAUGGCGUCUUAAAGCGGCUUACUGGUGUGGAAGAUGUGGACGAAGUACUGCAGCUGCAGCUGCUAAAAGAAAAGCACACCUCAAACGGUAUUUUCAAGUUGUGGGAAUCACACGACAAAGUGCCACCUGACUCAAUGCGCAAUUUGCUGUUGCGUUUCUUCGAUGUAACCACGCCGCCGACGCGUCAAAUGCUCACACUGCUGUCUGGAUUUUGUGAUGACAAUCAGGACAAGGAGCGUUUGCAGCUGCUGGCCAACGAUUCAUCCGCAUACGAGGAUUGGCGCCAUUGGCGACUGCCACAUUUGCUCGAAGUGUUGGAGGAGUUUCCCUCUUGUAAGCCACCCGCCACACUGGUGCUGGUCAACUUAAUGCCGCUGCAAGCGCGUUUCUAUUCGAUUUCGUCGUCGCCGCGCAAAGUCAACAACGAGAUACAUCUGACAGUGGCCAUUGUACGCUAUCGCUGCGAGGAUGGCAAUGGUGAUGAGCGUUAUGGCGUCUGCUCCAAUUACCUGGCCAAUCUGCACGAGUCCGACGAGCUGCAUAUGUUUGUGCGCAGCGCGCCGAGUUUCCAUCUAGCCGCCGAGCAUACACGUCCGAUUGUGCUGAUUGGUCCAGGUACGGGCAUUGCGCCCUUCCGUUCCUUCUGGCAGGAGUUCGAAAUGUUACGUGAAAUGAACGCCGAUAUGGCGCUGCCCAAAGUUUGGCUCUUUUUCGGCUGUCGCAAUCGCGAUGUGGAUCUGUAUGCAGAGGAGAAGGCGCAACUGGUGCGUGAUAAAAUAUUAGAUCGCGCCUUCUUGGCACUCUCACGGGAGCCCAACAUACCGAAGACUUACGUCCAGGACUUGAUUGAAAAGGAAUUCGAUUCACUGUAUAAGCUGAUUGUUGAGGAGCAAGGUCACAUUUAUGUUUGCGGUGACGUCACUAUGGCCGAGCAUGUUUACCAAACGAUUAGGAAAUGCAUUGCCGGAAAAGAGCAAAAACCAGAAACGGAAGUUGAGACAUUUAUGCUAACACUGCGGGACGCAAAUCGUUAUCACGAGGAUAUUUUCGGCAUCACGCUACGAACAGCUGAAAUACAUACAAAAUCGCGGGCAACGGCGCGUAUACGUAUGGCAUCACAGCCGUAAAGGAAGCAUACAUACAUACGUAUGUAUACCCUGGCGUGGAAAACAUUGUAAAAUCACACCUGAGAAGAUUAUAAAG